UGCUCAUUUACUGUACGGCGGGGGCGUGGCUCUGGAGAAGUCCGAAGCAGUCCGGAGCAGCUGGAGCCCGUAUCAUCAGGAGCACGGUCGUGGGGACGCGCUUCCUUGUGCCUGUGUGCCAGUUCUCGGAUGCUUCUCAGUCCCAACCAGUUGUGCCUUCUACGUGGCUUCCCUUGUCUACUCCGUUGUGCUGCAAUGAGCACCAUCACUGGUACAUUUCAACUGCAGCAACCCCUCAACUACCGAGGAGGUGCCCGUACCCAGCCUGUGGAUGGAGACCACAGUGAAGAGACAUAUGAACCAGCAACUGGCCGAGUUAUUGCCAAAUUUCUCUUCUCUGGGGAGAAGGAGGUGGAUCUUGCUGUGCAGAGUGCACAGGCUGCCUUUAAAAUAUGGAGUCAGAAGUCGGGCAUGGAACGGAGCAGUAUCCUGCUAGAGGCUGCAAGGAUUAUCCAGGAGCGGAGGGAAGAGAUUGCAACCACUGAAACAAUCAAUAAUGGGAAAUCCAUCUCUGAAGCUUUAGUGGACAUUGAUGUAUCUUGGCAAAGUCUGCAGUAUUAUGCUGGCUUAGCUGGCUCCUUGGCAGGUCAGCACAUCCAGCUCCCUGGAGGAUCCUUUGGUUAUACCAGAAGAGAACCACUUGGAGUAUGUGUUGGAAUAGGGGCUUGGAACUACCCUUUUCAGAUUGCCUGCUGGAAGUCAGCCCCUGCCUUAGCCUGUGGUAAUGCCAUGGUCUUCAAGCCUUCUCCCUUCACCCCUAUCUCCGUUGUGAUGCUGGCAGAGAUCUACAAUGAGGCUGGUGUUCCCAAGGGGCUUUUCAAUGUGGUGCAAGGUGGAGCUGCCACAGGCCAAUUCUUGUGUCAGCACCCAAAUGUGGCCAAGGUCUCUUUCACCGGGAGUGUUCCUACAGGCAUCAAGAUUAUGGAGAUGGCAUCCAAAGGGAUCAAACCAGUUACUCUGGAAUUAGGGGGCAAGUCCCCCCUUAUCAUCUUCACUGACUCUGUCUUGGAAAAUGCUGUGAAAGGAGCUCUCAUGGCCAAUUUUCUUACUCAAGGCGAGGUUUGCUGCAAUGGCACUCGGGUGUUUGUGCAACGUGAGACACUGCAUGCUUUCACCAAUGAGGUUGUGAGACAGACCCAGAGAAUCAAAAUUGGUGACCCCUUGCUGGAAGACACGAGGAUGGGAGCACUUAUCAACCGACCCCACCUGGAGAAGGUCUUGAACUUUGUUAAACAAGCAAAGGAACAGGGUGCAGAGGUGCUGUGUGGAGGGGAUGUAUAUGUGCCAGACGAUCCCAAGCUGAACAAAGGCUUUUACAUGUCUCCCUGUGUGCUAGGAAACUGUAAGGACAACAUGACAUGUGUAAAAGAAGAGAUUUUUGGGCCUGUCAUGUCCAUCCUGCCCUUUGACACAGAAGAGGAGGUCCUGGAAAGAGCCAACAACACCCGUUUUGGCCUGGCAGGAGGUGUCUUCACCAGGGAUAUCCAGCGGGCCCACAGAAUAGCAGCUGGUCUCCAGGUUGGGAUGUGCUUCAUCAACAACUACAACAUCAGCCCUGUGGAGCUACCAUUUGGAGGAUACAAGAUGUCAGGGUUUGGUCGAGAGAAUGGCAAAGCAGCAAUUGAGUAUUACUCCCAGCUGAAGACUGUCUGUGUGGAGAUGGGCAAUGUGGAAUCGGUGUUCUAAUGUCCCUGUUUCAGUCAACUAAUUGCUGUUGAAGUGCUAUAUACUGUGAAAGUGACCUGUAGUGUGUGCCCAUAUUGUUGUCUUUCUGCUGCUUUGAAGAACUUCUAGUGGAGAAAGGUGAAAUAGCUCAUUGACUGAAAAGGCCAGUAAGUAGCUGAUUGUAUCUCUGCUGCCUUUUCUAGGUGGGCACUUUUUGUACCUUGUUUUCUGAGCAAAUAAAGGAGCAGGGAUUGAG